UGCUCUUUUAUGGGCGUGUCAGUGCAUUAAAAUGGCAGCCAAAGGCGAUGGAGGAAACUCUCUCUUUCAACCUUUAAAAGAAGGUCUUUCGUUAUCAAAACCUUCAAAGCCAAGUCUGAAUCUUGAACACUUGUCAAAUUUUCCUGUUACUUUGGCUAAAAGAAAGAGAUCAAGAGACUCUACGGACGAAUUGCCUGACUAUAUUGAUGAUGAAUCGGAAGACGACAGUGUUUCUUUACCAAUUACUAAAAGAUCUCCAAUGUCUAAGCAAUCACCUUCUAUUCCUAGCCGUUCUAAUACUACCCCUACUGCUACAAAUCCUAAUAUUAAACCAGGGACUAUGCCUCACUCUACCAAUAAAUCUAUGUCAUGUCCUCUUCCAGGUUCUUCUCCUAAGCCAGCUGUUACAAGAGUUUCACCUGUUAAAGCUACACCACAGGUCAAGACAAGAGCUAACGACAAUCCACCUGCUAUCCAGUCAAAAAGAAAACCUAUUUCUAAACCCACCAAAGAAAAGGAGGGCACCGUAUGGUCCGAGCCUAACCUAGGAAAUAAAAUAUCGGCAUUACCCAAUGAAUCAUUAUUUGGUUCAGACAAUCCUUUUAAGUCAAUGGGAAAAAUAACGAGAUUUCCCAAUACACCAGUAACAGAGUCAAGUGCAGCUUCAAGUUCAGUUCAUUCAUUCUCUUUUGCAGCAGCUGCAACUGCGUCCAAACAGGAUUCAAAAUCACUUCCAAAGAAUACAAAAGGAGCGACUCUUCCAACUCCUAUAAAGAGCCAGCAACUAACUGAAGGUAUGUCUGUCAGUCCUUUGUUUGUAAUGAAAGAGUCGAAAAACUUUAAAAUAAUUGGAAGCAAUUGUAUCAGUGUAUCACCUGAUAAGCAGAAAAUUAUAGUCACUGGUGAGAAGCAUCAAGUUGAAGUGAUCAUUGACCGUCUUAAAGAAAAAUUCCAAAGCUUUACAUCUAAAUUAAAAUCAAAAACAUUCCCGAUGAAGGCCAUCUUUGCUCCUUUACUUUUAGAGGAAAGUUUCACAAAGAAACUUGAAGAUAUCAGUCAAGAAAAUUUAGUUGAGAUUCGAUUUGUUAAAUUAGGGAGUAAAGAGCCAUUAAUGUGUGAGACAGUUGUUUCAGAACUUAAAACUGCCAUAGGUGAUAAGAAUCUUACUUUAUAUCAUCUGUACAAAGCAAAUCUACUUCAACAAAGGGAAUCUCUCAAACAAGAAUGGUGUAUUCAAAAUUGCAAUGGGAUAUGGUAUAAAGUAUCUGAUGAGACAGAUGACUUGUUUAAUGAAAGCUCACAAACAACUCUUGAAGUACAAAAUCAUGGUCAGACUUUUAAAGUCAAUCUUGAAACCAAGCAAGCCAUCGGGCCCGAUGGUUUUGUAUAUCCUAUGAAAUCUGAGGAUAUCAAACCGACAUGGCUGUAUCAUCAAGAUGAUGAUUUUGGAUUUGUCUCGUAUUCUGAUGAAAUAUCUAGUUUGAUAGAACACUGUUAUAAAACACAUAAAUUUGAACCUGUUUCUGUUCUUGUUGAUGGUGACGAUUGCGAAUGCUACUUCAAUUUUCAGUCGAGAUUGGAAUGGAAUCUAACAAAAAAGUCAAAUCGUCCUAUAAAACGUGAUCCGCCAAUAACGCCUCCUUUCUUGUCACCAGAAAUCAAUUUGAUUAUUACUGGGUAUCAGUCUGACAUUGAUGCUGUAGAGAAAUCACUUCAUUCCUUUUUUCAGGAGAAACUAAAGUCAUCUUCUUUACCUCCUAAAGUUAAUCGACAGUUAUUAGAGUAUCGCCUAGCACAGUAUUGUGUGGAAGUGGACUGUCACAGAGUUACUGGAGUGAACCAGUAUGCAGACAAAGUAUUGUUAGAAGAGGCAGUCAGCUUGAUCAGUUUUAUUAGCGAAGAGGAAGUUCCACCAGAAUGGGCACCACAGGAAAAUGAUGUUGAAGUAUUUCAAGUUCACAGAGGCACAGAGGAAUGGAAUUUUGUUCAAAGAAAGUGGAGCGAAACAAUGUUAGUGUCAUUGAAAAGGAUUGAGCGUAUUCAGAACAAGUGGCUUUGGAGGCACUACUGUCUCUGUAGGGAGAGGAUAAAAAGCAAAAACAGAGGAAUGGAAAACGAAAAGUGGCUUUUUCAUGGAACUAGAGAAACAAGACCUCAAGAGGUUUAUAAUUCUGAGAAAGGAUGUGACUUUCGUUUCUCUUCUUCUGGAAUGUGGGGCAAUGGUAGUUAUUUUGCAGAUAAAGCAUCUUAUUCAGAUGAUUACAAGUAUCAAUCAUCAUUGGGUAAGCAGAUGUUCCUAGUCCGUGUUCUUACUGGAGAUGCAAUUGAGUUACAGCCACAGAAGCUUAAAAUGCCUCCUCCAAAGAAUCCUGCUGAUAAAACAGUUCGUUAUGAUUCAGUGAAAGGUUUUACUAAAAAGACUAAUAUUUAUAUUGUUUAUGAGCAUGAUAAAUCAUAUCCAGCUUAUCUCAUUACAUAUUAAAUAUCCGACCAUUAUUAGUGUUAUUUCUGUA